AUGAAAGAACACAUCAUAUAUCAGAGGCUUUAUGGAUUGAUUCUCCUAUCAAAUUUUAUCUUUCUCUCAGAUGCAUUUUCACUAAAAGGAAAAAGGCUGGAUUUCUAUGGAAGAGCUGACAUGUAUGUAACCCUGACCAGCACCAUUCCUGAACUCAGUCGAUUCACAGUGUGUGUUGACCUGCUAUUCGUGGAUGACAAAUCAAAUGAUUGGAUGGCCUUCUCCUAUAUUGUUAAUAACACCUUCCUGGGUGGAGAAGUCAUAGACCUUGGACUUGCAGGAGACCAUCAGCAGCUAAUACUAUACAACUUGGGCAAGACCUUUUAUAUCCGUUACCAACUGACUCCAUUACAGUGGCAUACAAUAUGCUUGAUAUGGGAUGGUGUGAAGGGCAGGUUAGAGUUCUUCCUGAAUAAAGAAAGGAUACUGGUAAUGAUGGAUCAACCACAAAACCUGACACCUAAUGGGACUCUGGUUCUAGGACAUUUUCUCAAGAAUGGGGACAGCCAGGUUAAAAGCGUGGUGCCAGAUUUCACCGGAAGCUUGUACUACCUUCAACUCUGGGACCACAUCCUGGAAAAGGAGGAGUUUAUGAAGUGUUUGAGUGGAAAUAUAGUUAGCUGGGAAGAAGAUACUUGGCUCAUCAACAAGGUCAUUCCGGCUGUUGACAUGAGACUGCGCUGCUUUGUUUCUGAAAAUAUAACCCUUCAAGAAAGAAGUACAACUCUUUCACAGCAAAUAGAUUUGACGACUCCAUCCCAAGUUACCGGACUAAAACCACAAAAGACUGUAUAUUCUUCUACACUGAUGUCUAAAAGCAUGCCUGUAUUUGCAACUGAUUACACAACCAUAUCCUAUUCCAAUACAACAUCCCCACCCCUGGGAACUAUGACUGCAACAAAUACUUUAAAGACACUCAGAGCUGAGACAGCUACAGUCACAGCACGUGCUCUGUCUACAUCAGCAGCCAUCACUCUGCCUACUGAGAGCACCUCCACGGGCACUACCACCACUUCCAUGAAAGGAACUAAAUGGUCAUCUCCAGAGAGCACAAGGACAACAAAAAUGCCUGCAGCCUUUGCUACUGAGAGCUUUCAUCCGACGACAGCUUUCAACUUCCUAUACACAUCCGGAUUUCCCAAAAAUUCAGUUGUAUCUGAAACUUCAGUGACAGAGUCUAAGUCGGCUGUUAUGAUGACAACAUCUUUGUCCUCAUCUAUUGAGUCAACCUCCAUGUCUACAACAUCUUGGCCCAAACACAAAUCCACGGGUAUUGGGGCCCUCCUUAUCUCCACAGCUAGCCAGGGGUUUCCUGCAUCCACAGCCGCUGAAACUGUACCUUGGUCCACGGUGGGACAGAGUCCAGCUGCAACGACUCACACUGGAACAUUGUCAGCAUUCCUGCCUGAGUCUGUGCUCAUCUCCACUGCUAUGCCAGUGGACUCUGCGUCUCCUAGAAAUCAGAUGGCAUCUACAUUGGCAGCAACAGAUAUGGAAAUACCAUUUACAGUUCAUUCAGAGAUGCUCCCAACUAGGUAUACUGAGGCGACGCCUGCGCUAAGAGCAGCAUCGACGCCUACAGAUGUCCAGGGUGUCUCUUCACCCAGAGUGGAGGUUACAGUACCUACCUCCAUACCAAAAGAGGCUUCUUCUAUCAGGACAGCCUCUCCACUCACCGUAGCUCUGAGUGCAGAGACAGUUAGUGAUGCUGAGACUACACAUACAGCCUUGACUCCUGGAAUCACACUUGUACCUACAAUGACUGGAACUAUGAUUUCCCCCAAAAUCACAGGGCCAGUGUAUACCCAGAAUACACCCACAGGUGGUGAAAACAUGUUUCCUUUGAUUUCUACUAGACCAGCCUCCACAUCUGAGGCAUCUGAGCCUGGUCCUACAUCAAUAACUGAUGAAGGUGCCCAUUUAUUCUCCACCAAUGAGACCCCUUGGACUUAUGGUCCAGACCAGACCUUGAUGACAUCAGCAAUGCAUGAAAAUACUUCUAAUACAGAACAUUCAACCACCACUACUAAUAUUAUCAUCCCACCAGAAGCAUCUACAGAGAGUGAGGCUACCACUACCGCUGAUGCUGUUAUUACUGCUGAUGCUGCUACACACAGAUAUACAACAGCUUUUUCCAAAUUGACAACUCCAUGGUUUGCCGAUUUCUCCACAGUUUCUGGAACCACAUCUGUAACCAAGCUGCCUGAGUUUAAACUUACCACCUUACUACUAAAAACCACCCCUUGGUCCACAGUGGCUGGAACUGAACUUCUUUCAACACCAGGGGAGGCAGUUGUUCCACCAGCAGGUGUAAUGCCCACCCUUGCUGACAUUGAACCAAAUUUUACCACUAAGGAGAAUGCUUCUGGGACCACACAAACAGAGACAAACAGUAAAAUUACAUUUGGAGAGGCAGCAGCCCCUGUAUCAGAGACUGCAACAACACACAGAUUCGAUGCUACUGUGACAAGGAAAGAAACAACUUCUCAUUUUCUUAAGGGAAAAUCGCCUGUAGCAGCCACAACCGACAUUUCUCCAUUGGCAACAAUGCCGGAGGCAACCGAUGAGUCUGCACAAAUGGGGACAGAUUCGGUCACGGAUCCCCCUUUCCCUGACACAGGAAAGUUGACUGCCUCGUUGGAUAAUAAAACUGCAACUACUGUGGUAAGAGGAAAUUGGCUUUCUACAAAAUUGCUGAAAACCACACCUAAGAGUUCAUACAGUAGAACUACAGAAAUCUUUAAUUUAACUCACAUCUACACAGGACACUGGACUUCAGAGAUGCCACCUGAGAGGAAUCCAACUCCGUCUCACACUUCUUGGGACACACAGACUUUUCCAGAACCCCUUGGUGCUUCCACCACAAGGAUAUUGGGCACCAGUUUGGCCACUAUCUCUACAGACAGGACAGCUAAGUCCUCACCUGCUGGUAUCUUGCCUCCACACGAUACCGCUACCCAUUCCUCAGCCACCCUUCUGCCUAUUACCCAUACCAUCUCAUUGCCAGUUAAUGUCUCUGCUGUCACCUCUAUGGGUGUGUCUGAGAAGACUACAAUUACCAUGCCUGAGCCUUCUACACUGGCCAGGGCUUUCUCCACAUCUAUGCUCUCAGGUAUCUCCACUCUGCCAUCAACUACAGUGACCACAGCAUCGGUGCCACCACUGGAUCAGACUGCUUCCACAAUCAGCAGUACUGUGCCUACCCUCAGAGACUCAGUUCACACCAUUUCAGAGGCCAUGGUGAUCUCUGUCAGGAUGACACCCAUGGCAGUUCCCUCUCUGACAGAAUCUCCAGGCCCCUCACUGAGACCUCCCACUCCUGUGGCAACUAAGGCUGAGGCCACUCUUUCCUCCACUUCAGUUGACACAGUAACCCCAUCCACACCCACCCUCACCUGCUCUAAAUCUCUCCCUGACUGCAUUCCUGUUCUGUCCUCCACUCAUGUGAUCUCAACCAUGUCUAUACCACUAGCAACCCAACCCAUAUUUCAAAUGGAGGAGACAUCUACCCAGGCUCUGAGUUUUCCAUAUGCUUUCAGUGGUAGUGGAGAUGUUAGCUUGGCUAGUGGCACCACAGAAGCUUCUGCUGUUGAUGAGACCACACUCUCACAUUCCUCUGCCAACAAGCUUACUACUUCAGUAGAUGGUCACAUUUCUCAAUCUUCCACACAUCAUGUAAACACACUGGUCCCCACCCUAUUUGUGACUGACAUUUCUACCUUAUCUUCUCACAAAGAGCAGAUGACCAGUUCCCUGGGAGAUGGCCCUAGAACUAUGGAGGUGACAGAAAUGUCUCCAUCAAAGAAUCCUUUUAUUUCAGAUUCCCAGAGUACUUCAUCCUUGGAAAUGACAGAUACAGGAUUUGCUGAGACAACAACAAUUUCCAGUCACUUAACGCAUUCCCCUUCAGAGAUUCCACUUGUGACUCCACCUGAUGAGAUUUCGGCUUCAUCUCUCCUUUCUGGGAUCACACAGACUGCACCUAACUUGACCUCAAUUAACACAGUAGAUGUUCACAUUUCCAAAAUGUCUACCAGUCUUGGGGAAACAGCUCUCCCUUCACAAGCUCUGACAGUUACCACAGUUUUGUCUCCUGAAAAAGAAAGCAUGAGUGCCCUUCCAGUCUAUACUCCCAGGACUGAGAAAAUGAUAAUAAGCUCCACCGCUGCAACUCACCCUUUCUCACAUCGCCAGGAUACUUCAUUUGUAGAUAUCAGAACUUCCAGGACAACCAGAAUAUCAAAUCCUGCAAACACUGAUAUAACUCUUUCACUCUUGCUUUCAUCUAGGACUCAAACUAAGGUGACCUCAGCUGCCUCUCCCAUUUCUGAAAGCCCACAGACCUCCCCUGAGUCUCUGUCUCUUUCCACAACUAGUCUAUCUAAUGCCAGUCUUACUGACAGGAUCACUACAGUCCUUUCUGCUCCAAAUGUACCUACAGCACUUCAUGGGAAAACCUCUAUGACAAUGUCCAUUCCUACCUACCAGGUGUCCUCAUUGCCAGUUACUGCCACUGCCCUUGCCUCCAAAAGAGUUUCUGGCACUCCCACAACACUAAUGACUCAAUCUUCUAAAAUAUCAUACCCAGAUUGUUUCAAAAGCCCCUCUAUGGCCACAUCUGCACCUAUGUCCUCAAUGUUAGUUAACAACUCUGUUUUCUCACCUCCAGCUGCUUCUUCUGACACUUCCACAACUGUUGGUUUAUUCUCUACUUUAUUGUCUUCACUUAGCCCUAGGACUACCAUGACCAUGCAGACAUCUACACAGGGUGUCACACCUGUGACAAAUGCUGGGCCUACUUCAAAAAGCACAAUGUUUGCCUCUGUUUCCAUUACUUCAGAAACGACAGAGGUGUUCUCCAGGAUCACACCUACAUCUUUUUCCUUUCCAACAGAGCCAAAUGUUCCUUCUGUGAAAACUAUUCCAACCACUGGGAUAAUGACUCCAUUCGGAGGCACCCGUGCCUCCUCUUCACUCAGUUCUAAAAGCACUGGAACUCUUUCUUCCAUUCCAAAGACCGCAUUUUCACCAUUUCUAUUAACAACCCAACAGUCAUCACAAGGAGAUGAGGCUACAACUCUGGGCACAUUAUCUGGGACUACUAAUGAUUCCCUGUCUACUGGAAGCAGUGGUAGAGGAACAGCUCUCACAAAUACUUAUUCCAGACUUGCUGCCCCUGAAAGUGUGCUUUCAUCUACUCCUUCAGAUGACCUCCAUACUUCUUGGAAUAUUCAGGCUUCCCCAUCUUUGGCCAGCUUUAAGAGCACUUCUGGACCCACGAGAAGUGUAAAAACCACCACUUACCUUUCUUUGGAUACAGGAAAGAUGACUUCCUUGUCAGAAAAUAUGGCUGAACUAACAAAAGGUGUCACAUCUGUAAAUAUCCCUGUUUCAUACCCUCCAUGGACUCCAUCCAGUGUAACUCCACCCUCUUUGACAUCGGUUCUUUUUUCACCUCAUAGUACUAAGGUUGAGUUCUCUACUCUAAGGUCUUUUCUUGAUCCUACAUCCCAAAUGGCUGAAUUUCCAGAUCUGGGAACAAGAACCACAUUUAGUAACACCCACUCUCUGCUUAUGACUUCCUGGAACACACCCACAGCUAAAGACUCUCAAUUUCCCAUUUCCAUCACUGCUCCCGUACCUACUCCCAACAAGAUGGAAAUGGAGACUCUGUACACUGUUCCUGGGUCUUUGUCAACAUCUGCGGCCUCUCAUACUGGUCUUACAUCUGGAGAUGCUAUGGCAGUGUCACCAAUUUCCACAUCAGGAAUUCUUCCUACCUUGCAGAUAUCUGAGAGCCCUUCAUUAUCAAUAUCCUCAAGAUCUAUCUCAACCCCUUUAGCUGACACUAAGCACACAUUUGAGAAGACAACCACAUAUGUAACUCCUGGGACCAUACUCCCACUGAAUCCUUCUGGUGCCACUUCAGGAUCUAUCAUUUCAAAGACUUCUACUUCACCCAUGCUGACUUGGAUCUUAUCUAGCCUCCCUUCAGGUUCCCCUCUGCAAACUGUAUCCAAUACUCCUCACAUUACAACUUCCUCUACAGUAGAGGUGUCGAAAUCCACAUUUAUGACUUCUGACAUGACACCAACACACCCAUUCACUGACUUUACAUCACUACCCUUUGCUACUGUAAGUCCCAUUCUCGCCAAAACCAACCCUACACAUACAGUGGGAGAUAUCACUACUGGCUUCUCAACUUCUUUCCCUCUGUCUAUAAAAAUCACAGAUGACAGUGUAUAUACUUCCAAACCCUUGGAGGCAUCUUCCAGAACCACUGUGACUGCCAACCCCGGGAUUGUGUCUCAUCCUCCAUACUUUAGCAAAACGAAUGAGUCACCUCCUACCACUAACCACACCCUAUCUACAAGUUCUAUACCUCUGCUGAGCUCUAGAGCAACAUCUUUUUGGAGCAAAAUCCCAGCUGAAUCAGCAUCCUCUACUUUAAUUCUUCCUAAACCCACACUGGACUCCCUUCCAAAUAUAACCACCACUACAUCCACUACUAGUGGAUCCUCAUUUCCACUCAUAUCCACUAGAGUAGCACAUCCUUCUACAUCAACCGUGUCUUCACUAACCUCUUCCUCUUUUGAGAUGACGUGGCUGGGCUCCACACCUUCCUUUCUAUCUACGGAAAAGACUUCAACUAUUGCUGCUGAGUCCACAGUGUCCUUCUACAAUAUUGAAAUGAGCUUCUCUGUCUUUGAUGAACAACCGAGGAUUCCUAUUACCAGUAUUAUAAGUGAAUUUGCAGAAAUUUGGUUGAAUUCUAUAUUUCAGGACAGCGAAUUUGCUCUUGCUAAUCUGGCUAUCCAAAUUAAAAGCAGGGACACUUCUGAGGGAAAAAUGACCAUGGACCAAACUUUCCAUCAUUUGGAACAGAGGAAAGGGCAAGUAAUGGCUACAAUUUCCCAUGUCCCAUACAGCUGUGUCUGUUACGCCAUCAUAAAGGCCAACUCUUCUUUAGCACCCACUGAAUUGAUCAGCAGGAUCAGAAGUAAAAUACAUGGCAACCUCACACAUGGAAACUUCACACAAAAUCAGUUGACACUAUUAGUAAAGUCUGAAGAUGUUGCAGUGAAGAAACUAGAGCCAGGAAAGUGCAAAGCCGAUGAAACAGUUUCUAAAUACAAAGGGACAUAUAAGUGGCUCUUAACCAACCCUACCGAGACAGCCCAAACUAGAUGCAUAAAAAACAAGAAUGGAAAUGCUACUAGAAUCUGUUCGAUCAACAUCAACACAGGCAAAUCUCGGUGGGAAAAGCCAAAGCUUAAACGAUGCAAAUUGCUUCAAGAACUUCCUGAUAAGAUCGUGGAUCUUGCUAAUAUCACUAUAAGUGAUGAGAAUGCAGAUGAUGUUGCAGAGCACAUUUUAAAUUUAAUAAAUGACUCCGCCCCUCUGGAUGAAGAAGAAACAAAGAUAAUUGUUUCUAAAAUAUCCGAUAUUUCACAAUGUGACGAAAUAAGUAUGAACCUAACCCAAGUUAUAUUACAAAUAAUCAGUGCUGUUUUGGGAAAGCAAAGUAAUUCGUCAUUUGAGCUGCAUGAAGUAAGCAAUGAAAUUCUGAGGAUAAUAGAGCGUGCUGGUCACAAGAUGGAGUUUUCUGGGAAGACAGCAAAUCUGACGGUGGCCAGCCUGGCUUUGGCUGUCCUGCGUGUGGACCACAUUUUUGAAGGCAUGGCCUUCAGCAUUCACUCCUAUGAAGAAGGCACAGACCCUGAGAUACACCUAGGCGAAGUCCCUCUGGGGAGGGUUUUGGCUUCCAUAUAUUUGCCUAAAUCACUGAAGGAAAGAAUUCCUCUUAGCAAUUUACAGACCAUCUUGUUUAAUUUCUUUGGCCAAACUUCACUUUUUAAGACCAAAAACAUCACUGGAGCCUUAACCACGUAUGUUGUGAGUGCCAGCAUUUCAGAUACAUCCAUUCAAAACUUGGCUGACCCAGUGGUUAUUACUCUGCAGCAUAUUGAUGGAAACCAGAUUUAUGAUCAAAUUCACUGUGCCUUUUGGGACUUUGGGAAUAACAAUGGGCAAGGCGGCUGGAAUUCAUCAGGCUGUAAAGUAAAGGAGACAAACGUAAAUUACACAAUCUGUCAGUGUGACCACCUUACCCAUUUUGGAGUCUUAAUGGAUUUAUCCAGGUCUGCAGUGGAUGUAGUGAAUGAACGGAUAUUAAUGCUUAUAACAUACGCUGGAUGUGGAAUCUCCUCCAUCUUCCUGGGAGUUGCAUUGGUGACAUACAUAGCUUUUCACAAACUUCGAAAAGAUCACCCUUCCAAAAUCCUGAUCAACCUGUGCACAGCCCUACUGAUGCUCAACUUGGUAUUUCUGGUCAAUUCCUGGUCGACAUCAUUUCAGAAAGCAGGACUCUGUGUCUCAGCUGCAGUGACACUUCAUUACUUCCUCCUCACCUCUCUGACUUGGAUGGGCCUGGAGGCGGUCCACAUGUAUUUUGCUCUAGUCAGAGUCUUCAACAUAUACAUUCCCAAUUAUAUCUUUAAGUUUUGUCUGGUUGGUUGGGGAAUCCCAGCGAUCAUGGUGGCAAUCAUACUCAGUGUGAGAAAAGAUCCGUAUGGAACUCUCAUCUCACCGACUCCAUUUUGUUGGAUUAAAGACGAUUCUAUCUUUUACAUCUCAGUUGUGGCUUACUUUUGCCUCAUAUUUCUCAUGAAUCUCUCCAUGUUCUGCACUGUUCUUGCUCAACUGAAUUCCAUGAAAUCCCAGAGUCAGAAGACUCGGCGGAAGAUGAUCCUGCAUGACCUCAAAGGCACAACAAGCCUGACGUUCUUACUUGGCCUCACCUGGGGCUUUGCCUUUUUUGCCUGGGGACCCAUACGGAUACUUUUCUUGUAUCUUUUUGCCAUUUUUAACACUUUGCAAGGCUUCCUCAUUUUUGUGUUCCACUGCGUGAUGAAGGAGAAUGUGCGGGAGCAGUGGCAGCACCACCUCUACUGCACGUGGUUGCGACUGGAUAACUCUUCCGAUGGGAGCAGCAGGUGUGGGCUAAAUGUCAGGUGUAAACGGGACAGACUGAAGAAAACCUUCAAGCACAAAUUGUUGACACCAUCCCUUAAGUCAACUGCAACUAGUUCCACUUGCAAGUCUUUAGGCUCCACACAAGGCACUCCCUCAGAAAUAAGCUUCCCACAUGAUGACUUUGAUGAAGAUCCCUACAGUUUCUCUACCUUGAGUUGUGAAGUUGUGCCUAAUUCUCUGAAAGGAAUAUUACCUGUGGAAAUGAAAAUGAAUUCCAUUCACAGAGAUUUCUUCAAUAAUUCCCAGCAGAGAUUCUCGCCUGCCCCCACCACCAGAUUAGGGAAAAUGUUGAAUUUGUGAAUCGAUCUGCUUCAACUUCAUAUUCUACUUAUUAUUUUGGAAGAUGCAGAAUCAGAUAGCAUUUAGUAAAUGUUAAAGUCAGACUUAUUCUCCUAUUCAUUUUAUAGUUGUUUCUUUUUCUAGAUAAGAUCUGAGUUUAUAGUUAUAUUAAAGGAGAAAUGUCUACAGCAUUGAGGAUUUUAUUUAAAAAACUCCAAGCAUCACCAUCUUAAAAGAAAGAAAAUCAAGAUCAGGAUCUUUAC